CUUGGUUGAAUUUUUUAUUGCCUAUUGUAUUCAUGUCUCAGUGUUGUCGGUUGCAUCUUUUAUUGCCUAUUUUAGUCAUGUCUCAGUCCAUUCAAUGCAUUGAUGUGUGUUAUUUAAUUGAUAAGUUUGUUUGGUAUGUUAUUUAAUUGAAUCCCUGUCUUGUUUGUGCUUGCAUGUGGUCCAUGAGAUUCCCUUUAAAGUUUAUUCUAUUGUCUUUCUACAGGCCUACUGUUGCCCAUGUGAUAACCAUGAAAGUGCAUCAUAGGGGUGAAAUUACAUUUGACCCAAAUAUGCCCUAUGAAAGUGGGCUCUGCCAAUCCUUUGAACAUAUGGAUGUGGAUCACAUUUCAUCCAUUGUGGUGGGUAAUUUGGUAAAGUACUUGGGAUAUCCCAGCUUCAAAUGCUUGUGGUAUAGGCAUGUGGCUAGUGAUGGGUCUGUCUGCUUUAGUCCACUUUCCAAUGAUGAAGAUGUUAGAGAAUUCUUUGAAAAUGUUAAAGGUGUAGCUGAAGUUGAUAUUUAUGUUGAACACCUAGUGGAAGAUCCAAAUAUUGUUCCUCUAAUUGCUUACAAGAGUGCUGAAGAUACUCCUGAGGUAUUGCAAGUUGGUUCUGAAAGUGAUGAUGAGGUAUUGCAAGACAGGGAGGGUGAGACUGAGACAGUCAAGGAGGCUGAGUUAGUGCAAGACAAGGAUGGUCAAAGUGUGCAGGAAAUUCAGAUUGAUGCUAAGGUUCUCCAACCUGAACAGAGAAGAGGUGCUGAGUUAGAGCAACACAGGGAGGCUGAAGAAGGGCAUGAAAAGGAAAGUGAGGCUGAGAUUAUUGUCAAUGAUGAACAGAGGAGAAGUGCUGAGUUAGAGCAAGACAAGGAGGCUGAAGAAGCGCAUGAAAAAGAAUUUGAGGCUGAGGUUGUUGUCAAUGAUGGACAGAGGAGAGGUACUGAGUUAGAGCAAGACAAGGAGGGUGAGUCAGUGCAAGAAAAAGAAAUUGAGUCUGAGGAACAGAUUCGUGAUGUGGAUGACAAUGAUGAAGUAACUGAAAAUGACAAGGGGGUAGAUAAGGGAAAAAGAAAGGCCAGUGAGGUUCUUCUCAGUGAUGAAGAUGAGGAUUCUGAUGCUGAAUUUGAUCCAAAUGAUGAAGAGGCAUCCUCUGAUUUUUCAAUGGAUGACAGUGACUACGAAGAAGAUUGGGAUUGGCUAUGUGUGCUUCCUAAAGAGUCUCUGCUGAAUAUAGCUGAGGCCAAUCCAGAUCCCACUUUUGCAGAAGGUUCUACUGAUCAGUAUACUCAAGCUGUGAAUGAGUCAAGGAACCUGGAGCCUAGUACAUAUGAGGAAUUUGAAGAUGAGGAUGGUGAUUCUGAGGACUUAGAAAGUCCAUCAGAAAGCGAUGAUGAAGGAAAAAGUAGAAGGAAAUAUCCUAAGUUCAAACCUACUGAAGAUGGGGAGGUGGUUCACCUUGAGUUAGGUCUGACUUUCAACAACAAAGAUCAGUUUAAGGAUGCUGUCAGUGAUUUUGCUAUCCAAACCAAGAAGAAUCUGACAAUCACCAAAAAUGAUAAAAAGAGGAUGGUGGUUAAAUGUGUUAAGGAGUGUCCAUUCUACCUGAGAGCCAGCAAGACUCCCUCAAGGCCUAUCUGGCAAAUUGUAAGCUUCCAUAACAACCAUAAUUGCUGCAGGACAGCCAGUAAUAGGCAGGCAAAGACAUUUUGGCUUGCUAAGAAAUUUAUGCAAAUUCUGAAACACACUCUAGAUUUGAAAGUGAGGGGCUUGAUAGAGGAGGCAAGGGUCAGGUGGGGCAUUGUGAUAGGGAGGUACAAGGCAUGCAGGGCAAAGGUCAAGAGUCUAGAGAUGUUGCAUGGUGCAAGUGUGGAGCAAUACAGUCACCUGAUGCAGUAUGCUGCUGAAUUGCUGAGAAGCAAUCCUGGAUCCACAGUCAUUAUAAAAUCAGCAGUGGGAGUACAUGGCCCAGUCUUUGAGAGGAUCUACAUCUGCUUUCAAGCUACUAAGACUGCAUUUGCCAAGCACUGUAGACCCUUAAUUGGGUUGGAUGGCUGCUUCCUUAAGGGACUAUAUGGUGGUCAACUUCUGUCAGCCGUAGGCAAAGAUGGAAACAACCAAAUGUUUCCAGUAGCAUUUGCAGUAGUGGAAGCUGAAACUAAGGAUUCCUGGACUUAUGAGUCCAUUCUUAUUGAAUUCAUGCAUUUUAUACAUUCACUCAUUCACAGGAUCAAUUAA